CGUCCGCUCCGGGAGCGGAGUCGAAGCGAUCUUCUCGCACCUUCUGCGCGAGAAUGUCAGCCGUGUUUAUUAUUAGAAAUGCGUCCCCGCGACGUGUUCCUCUCGCAUUUGUCCACUUGCCGACAGUUCCCUCUCCUCCCUUGCCUCCCCUCAAUCCCCUUUCUGGCUUAAUAAAACAAACCGUUCUUCAACCAGUCGAUGAUCUACGCGUUGCCGCGGAUCCCGAUACGCGAUUCGGCCAGAUUCUAGAACAGUCUCAGACGAAUCUUUAUGAUGAUAUCAUUUAGAAUUACAGGAAGAUCCUCCAACUGGAGUGUCAGGUGCUCCAACAGACAAUAAUAUUAUGAUAUGGAAUGCAGUUAUAUUUGGACCACAUGAUACUCCAUUUGAAGAUGGCACAUUUAAACUUACAAUAGAAUUUACAGAAGAAUACCCGAAUAAACCACCUACAGUAAGAUUUGUUAGUAAAAUGUUCCACCCAAAUGUAUACGCGGACGGUGGAAUAUGUUUGGACAUACUUCAAAAUCGUUGGAGCCCUACUUAUGAUGUCUCAGCCAUCUUAACAUCUAUACAGUCACUUUUGGACGAACCAAAUCCUAAUUCACCAGCCAACUCUUUAGCGGCGCAAUUAUAUCAGGAAAACAAGCGGGAGUACGAGAAGCGAGUGGCCACUGUGGUUGAACAGUCUUGGCUGAAUUUCCAAGAGAGUCAUACGGAAGAUCCUCGCUGACAUUAAAUGUCUCUUUUCACGAUCUGCGUAAGAGAUUUCCGUCACAGUUCUCUGUUCAAUAUAAAAAUUGUCCCCGUAUUAUAUAUACGUAAUGGUAAAUUCGGACAUGAUCCGUUGGAACUGUAUAUGUAAUGCCUCCUUCGUUAUCUCAUGGCGAACAUUCCGUGUGUUGAUUCACAGUUUGUAGAAACCGAUAAAAUUUGCACGGCUCUUACUCUACUGUAAAAAAUUAAUAAAGAUAAAACAUAAGGAGAGUAGAAAAUCGGAACAAUGUGAGGUUGCACUAUAAACUUAUGUGAUCUUUUACUUAUAAGUACAAUGUGUAUUGUCUUGCUCGUAUAAAUAGCCGCUAGGUACCCCCGCGCAAGAGAUAAAUAAUAAUAAUAAUGUCCGUUACGCCAUACGUUAAUCUUACAGGCAAAUCGACUUACUAUCUUACAAGUAUAGACGAGCUUGAGGAAAAUACAAUUAUGUUGAAGGAUAUGAAAGUUUGUAAGUCGCUUCUGGAAAGUCUACUUUCACCAUAUAACGGCGCAAAUAUAUAAGAAAAUAGUGUGAUUAUUUCUCGUUUUCGACUUGGUAUUUACCAUUAGAAAGUCACGCUUAUAUUAGACUGUAAAUGAAUGUCAUAUAUUGAAUAGUAUCGAAUUAAUAAAUUUUGCAAGAAAGAUA